AUGUCUCUUUUUUUCUUCAUACCCACCACCAAUCUUCGUCGUCGUGGCCAUCUGACUGGAAUCCCACAGAACCUCUACGACCUCCUCGGUAACGACGAUGGCGAUGACACCCCUCGCGCCCCCGUGAAGACCGUCGACAAGCCGGUCGCUCGCACUACUAAGCGCAACGCCGAGCCUGAGGCUCCCGCCCGCCUUCCCGCUGGCGGCGCUGGCAACCGCCGUGGUGGUUCCGGCAACGAUGCCGCUUUCCGCGACCGUAACUCCGGCAGCGACCGCAACCGUGGCCGCUCUACUGAGGAGGCCGCUAAGGGCGGCGCCCGUGGUGGCUACGGCGCCCGUGGCCGUGGUGGCCGUGGUGGUCGCUUCCCUCGCGAGCGUGACGACCGUCACACCAAGGGUCUUCCCAGCGGCUCUGAGAAGCAGGCUGCCCAGUCUUGGGGUGCCACUGAGGGCAACGCUGAGCUGAAGGACGAGCAGGCCGGUGAUGCCAUCGCCGAGGCUGAGAAGAAGGAUGCCGCCGCUGAGGAUGCCGAGGAGAAGGUCGAGGAGCCUGAGGACAAGCACGUCUCCUACAACGACUACCUCGCUCAGCUCGCCGAGAAGAAGGCCGCUCUCGACAGCACCCCUGAGGUCCGCAAGGCCAACGAGGGCUCCUCCAAGAAGUGGGGCGCCACUCAGGAGGUCGUCCGCGAUGAGAGCGAUUACAUGCCCGCCUCCAGCGGCAAGGCCAAGCGUGAGCGCACCCAGAAGACCAAGGAGACCAUCGACAUCGAUAUGCGCUACGUCGAGCCUGAGCGCCCCCAGCGCGGCGGAUUCAGCGGCGAGCGCGGCAGCCGUGGCGGCCGUGGUGGCCGUGGCCAUGGUGACCGCGGUGGCGAGCGUGGCCGUGGCGGUAACUUCCGCGGCGGCGAGCGCGCUGAUCGUGGUGGUGGUCGCAAGGAGGCCAACGCCGCCAUCAACACCAAGGACGAGUCGGCCUUCCCCAGCCUUGGCGGCAAAUAA